AAAACUGCGAGCAGUGAUGUUGAACUGCGCUCUGAGCAUAACUGGUGAAUCUGCGCAGCACUGAAAAUUAGCAGCAGACGGACAUGGAUGAUUUGCACAGUAGUCAUAGCUGGUGAAUCUGCGCACUGCACACGGUGAAACUUAGCAGCACACAUGGGGAAACUGUACAUUGGGCAUACCAAGAGAAACUGCAGCGAGGGCAUACCUAGUGAAACCGUGCUGAUGACAUGCAGAAACUGCGCAGUGGUGGAGCAGUGUUAAAACUACGGGGGCAGAUUACAGGAAAUAGCACAGUUGGCUUGUACAGAUCAGCGCACCGCAUGAGGCUGCGCUCUGAAGCAUUCGCUUUCUGGGGAGAUGGCGCAGUGAGGCUGUAUCUACCUUGGUGAAACAAUAGGUUAACUGGUGAAACAGGUUAAUAGGUCGUUAACCGGUGAAACAGUUUGAUAGGUCGUUAACUGGUGAAACAGCGUUUUGGAUUUCCUUGAAGUGUCAGUUUGCUUACCAAGUGAGAUCAAUAUGACCAGUAUGGGUGUAGCGUUUAUUUUUAAUAUAACCGUCCAGCGAAACCGUGCAUUUAAUGCACACUGGUCUUUGAAUAACCUUAAAGGUGGUCUGUGAUGCAGGAAUCACAGGGCGGUAGUCUUUAAUUUUUUUUUUUUUUUUUUUUUUUUUUUUGCUCUAACGCUUCCAGGUGGUGAGUAAUGAUACUGCGCAGGACAAUUCCUGAAUUUUUGAAACCGCGCAGUCUGGUGUAAUCUUAAUAUGAAGACGUUUAUUUAGGCGGUGUCAGUUUUUCUGCUCCUGAAACAUUGAGUUGACCAUUUCGAUGAAAGGCGCGCAGUGUAGGACUUAAUGUUUGAAACUGCGCAGUAAAUAUUCAGAUGAAGCUGCACGGUUUUAUUAACAAAAUUAUAAUUUGUAGCUGACCAGAGAUAAUUGUGCAGUUAAGCUGUUUUCAAAAGCAUGAUAUUUUGUGAAACUGCGCAGCUCAUAGGAUGAAGCUUGUAUAGACCUUAAAAUUGCGCGGCGAUGUUGAAAUUUAUUAACAACGGUUAAGUUGUGUGUGUCUAACUGAAAGACGGUGUGUGUUAAGGCAGCGCAGGUGUGUUAGUGUGUUGAAACGGCGUAGUAACGAAAGGGGCGUGCACAUUACUUUUAUUAUAAGUACAGUGUGAUAAUGGGUUUACACGUAUCAAACAUGAACCUGCACGAGGGAAGUUUUUGUUAAGGAUGCGCAAUGUUCGCAGUGGUCGUGUGUAUUAGUUUGCUGGUGUUUUUAAAUUGCGCGAAACUGCGCCAGAUGGAACUCAUUGCGUAUGCGCUGUAGUGGUGGAGAGGUACUGUGAGUAUAACACAGGAUUGUGGUUCCUCUUUGGGGCUGUGGUAGUCUUGGUUGCAAGUUCGGAGAGGGGAAACUGCGCGCUGGAGGAGUGUGUUAGUGCUGCGCCGUGGUGGUGCGCAAUAGUGGUGAUGGGGUGGGCGCGGGCGGUGGUGGCGGUGGUGAUGAGUAUUAUCUCGCUGGCGGUGCUAAGCCUCCAUGUUGCUCUCUGCGUUCACUACCCGUCACCACUCUUCGCUGUAACUCUUCUACUCAACCCUUCCCUAUGGAUGUUCUUGGGUGCGGCUGGGAUGGGGUGUGCUUUGGCUCUUACGUAUAGGGAGCGGCAGAGGAAGGUCCGUGCCGCCCUCUGUACCACCUGCCACGCCCGCUACGGUGCCACCCUUGACUCCAAAUGCCGUGGAUCUGAGAGCCAGUGGCGGGAUGGACACGGUCAGCGAGGUCCCUCCAGAGCUAUCUACUCCUACAACGGUAAUUCACACAAGUUUUACGCCUCGUACGGAACUAUUAACGAGAAGCAGAACGUAAACAUGAAGAGUCCCCCUCUCCUGGAUGCGACAUCAGGCAGGAACACAACUAAGCAGAGUGCAAGUAGUCCACUGAAUAUCAAGUCUCCGAUAAGUUUUGAACCACCAGACACCAAGUCGAAUGACAGGAUUGCUCUAAGUGUAGUAGAAGAUAAAGACUCUGAAGACAUGUUUGAACUACAAAAAAGACUGGAACUCAAGACAAAUGGUGAGGUUAAAUUGGCCAGUGAAGAAAAGGCGUCUCUGCCACAGGACGGAAACGGGCCAGAAACUAGAACUGAAAUUCCACGCAGCGGUGAUAUCGAGCAGCAGCCAAGUGAAAACCCCUCCCUCCUGUCCUUAACAGAAGCUACCUUGAUGCCAGCGGUCAACGGUGAUGCAAGCGUGGAUAGUCAGGGUGCUGGUGAUAGUGACUCUAGGACUUCAUCCACAUCACUGGAAGAGCGUCUCCCGUGUGACUGUCUGGCCAGGUAUGCAGUUAUGAACUAUAGAAGCAGGCAACAAUACUACCGGGCCGCUGCUUAUGGUUCUAAUUACCGUCGCCACUACACUCAUCAAGAGAUUCGCGCUAUCGGAAAAUAUCAUAAGAAAUUGUUAAUGCAUUGUAAGCUGAGAGAUCCAAAUGAUGUUCCUGUCGAAUUGUUUGCUGCGAGGCACAGUUCUGUUGAGAACUGUCCAAGAGAGAAAAAUGUCAGUUCUAAGAGAGCCAUGGCUGGUGGGUGUAGCGAUGGCGCUCCUACGUCUCGCAAGCCUUCAGAUACCCAUGAGACAAAUAGUUACAGAUCACCUCAAAUUGGUGACAGACACGCUAAAACUGGCAUUGAAGCAGAUCAGGCAAGGCUGAAGAGCAACCUUUCUACAAGCGCGCGCACACGACCAGAAACAAUAGCCAGUAGUGAGCCCGUCUCUCCAGAAAACAGAUUUUUCACCCUGGGAAAAGUGAAAGGCAAAGAUUUUUAUUACCCUCCUACCACACAACUCCUGCCUGUGAAACACUCUCCUCCGUCCCCCAUACAAACGCCCACGAUAGGGCAGUGGUCCACUGCCUCGCCUCCAUCCGUUACCUCCGAAAGUUUACAUCAAAACCCAACCCAAGACCAAAGUAACCACGACUCCAUACAAAGUCCCAUCCAUGAAGUUAGCCAGAACCAAGAGCCCCAGUGUCAGGAUUUAGACGUUGCUUCAGUGUCCUCUGAAAGCGGUCUCCUACCAGCCAGCAACAAGGCAUCUUUGGUAGGCCGGGACUUCCUAAAGUCCCCAUUGUGGCGCUCUUUUCGGGGGUCAAAGAAGGAGCCCAAGACAUCCGUUGGUGUUGACGUUGAGGAACACAGCCAGAGCAGCCAUCAUGACGACGACUCUGACUCUGCACAACCUGAGAGCAUUGGAAGUCAGCAUCGGUCGGGUCAGCACCGUCUUAGGUCGCUCUUAUCAAGCAGCAGGAGAGUUCUCACAAAACCUAAGCGAAUGCGUUUCUCUGGAUCCUCAGAACGAAGAACACCCUGGAGGAUGUCUCAAGCAUCUCCAUCCUCCACGUCUAGAGACAAUCCAGAUUCAGUGACUUCACCCAAAGAGAGAAGAUCCCUAUCAUUAACCUCAAACAUGAGGAAAUCAGCAAAGUUUAUGGCAACAAGUAAGAAAGGGAGCACAUCAGCAUCACCUCUACCUUCAUCACCAGCCAGGGCUGUGAAGUCACUAGUGAUGAGAAACAUACAUAGAACUACUGGAAAGUCAAGCAGGAGCAGUGGAUUUGCUUUAACACCAGAAACUACUGCCUCUUUUGCUGUUUGUCCCAGUGAUACAGCUGACUCGAGGGAACCUCAAGCUGUCUCCCCACCACCAUAUUCAGCCUCCCCAGCAUCAACUUCUAGUUCCCCCUGCCAAUCAGUGAGGCCCAAAGAACGUAAAAAACAAAAGACACGCCUCAAGAGUAAACAUCAUACAGGGAGCACAGAUUCAGUUAUGUUGUUGAGUGAUGACACAACAGAAUAAUGGUUGUAGAGCUAUACACAGUAUUAUCGUGUUUGGUGCUGGUGUUAGUCACAAGCAGACUAAGAAACUGCUUAGGGUCUUAAGCAGCUCAAGGGAAGCCACUUUUCGCAUUUUUAUUACCGAGUACCUAUAUUUUGAGCAUUUGAGCAUUUUUAAAGCUUAAGUACAGGAAUAUACUUAAAAAAUAAUUAGAAAAUUCAACUUGUAUUGAAAAUGGGCUAUCUUAAUAAUUUAAAUGUAUGUUGUACUCAAAGAAAAACUCAAAAAUUGUUUCUGCUUAAGGUCCCUUUCCUUCAGUGGGCUAGUAUCGCAUCUGGCUUGGCUCACUUAUGCAUGUCAUAACAUCAAAAAAAAUUAGGUGAGGUACUUCAGUACAGCCUCUCCUCACUUAGUGACGUACUCGUUUACCAACACCUCGGACUUAACGACUGGCUCUCUGACCAGUAUUCAUACCUAAGUGUAUAUUAAGAGCUGAUUUCCUCUAUUCUUUUUAUUUCAGUAUACAGUACACUACUGUAUAAACAUUUAAAAAUAUACCAGAAAUGUUAUAAAUGGUGCAGAGGUGACAUUAAAACAAUAUCGAAGAUGGUUGACACAAACUCGCUACCAUUAUAGUAUGCUCCUCACUUAGCGAAUUCGUUUAACGAUGUGGUCUUAGAAACAGAGCUCCGUCGUUAAGUGAGGAGAGGCUCUACUGUAUUUUGCAAAGUGAUAAAACUUGUGUUGUUGAAAUAUGAUGCAAAGGGUUUUUCUUUAGGGUUUUAUUAUUGAUGGUAGACUUCCAGUAAUAAUCCAACUAAUUACACGCAUUUUUAUAUUAAAAAGAAGCUCUAAAUCCACGUGGGUCAUGCUGCAUUGCUGUAAUGAAAAUGAAGUUCUUUUUUAAUACUGACAUUAACAUGGAAUAGGUUCUUGCAAGACAAAAAUUUAGGAAUAAUACAAACUGUACAGUAUAUACAUCUUGUAUUGUUAUGAGGAAUAAGUAGUUUACACCUGUCCUCCAACCCUCAAGUUAUUUUUCUCAGUGGGUUGCAUUGUGAGACACAUGGGUUUGGUGUUUUUUUGUAAUAAUAAUUUUCUAUAUGGGUAUGUGUACUUCAUUACAUAGUAAUUUACAGUGGUCUCUCAAGUUAUGAUAUUAAUCCAUUCCAGAUGUAUCAUAUCUCCAAAAUAUCGUAACUCAAACCCCAAAGUACAUGGUAUUAUGGCAGUUCAUUCCAAGAUGCCAGAAUAUACCCAACCUUCCCUUGAAUUAUUUUUGUUUAAGCACUGGGGGUUUUCUGAGAGAUAAGUAUAGGCUGCAGUUUGAAAUAUCCAGAGGCACUGGCAUCCAGCAGCAGAGUAAACCUGUCUUUCAUAGGCUUUUGCCCAGGUGAAGUGACAGGGCAGGGCAGGGCAGGGCAGGGCAGGGCAGGGCAG